AUGGUCACUAUAUUUCCUUUGGCGUUUCCCUACGCCAUACUACUGCCUGACACAGCACGCCUAUCACGACUCUCCAUCACCAACGCGGAUGACUCCGAAAGAUACCAGGCGCAGAUAACCGAGACCAACUGCAGCUCCAUCUCCAAGAUCAGUACCCAAACACGGGAGCGUCUACCGGGUCCAUUGAAGUAUGUUUCGAACGACCUGGCGGCAUAUCCACUUCUUCUUUCGGUACCAGGACAAUUCAAUAGGUGUAAACUACAUUUGCAGUUUGCCAAGAAGACCCUACACAGUGAACAUUCGUUGGUAAUUCUCAAGACUCUCGGGGACGACACUAAUACAGACCACCUUCGGGAGUACCUUCUUCAGGAUGACUUGGAAAGCAAGUCUAGGGAAGUUUCUGAAAUUGCUUUCUCGAAGUUUGAGCCUGAUUCGUCAUAUGGAGACAAUUACGAUAUCAUAGUCAAUGACAUUUAUGACCCUGCCAAGUUUUCCAACGGAAGGAUAAACUACUACCUUUGGGAGUACGAUUCAACCAGAAGACAUCACUCAUUGCUUCUUAAUUUUUCGUUUUGGGUUGAGUCGGUGGAGGCCACAGAAGAGCUUCGAUCCCCGCCACAGCCACUGCGAGACAAAGCCUUACCUUGCCCACCAGGGGAAGACGAUUCGAUAUUUACGCUAUCAGAAUUUAAGCGGGCUUUCGUUUUUAGUACUGUUGAUGGUCCCGAAUUCAGAGGAUGUCUCACAGGCUAUGAGAAGAAUAUACCAAAGCUACGAAAGGCUAUCCAUGCUUUGCUUGAGGACGCAAGCUACAUGGAGUCAACCUUUAGAAAGAUUAUCAGUUCAAAAAGAAGUGUUAUAGACACUUUGGAUAUCUUGGUUGACUCACAAUUUAACCCUUUGCUUCAUAGGCUCGACCUUCCCAGACUGUUCCAAAAGAAUCUCCUCACAUUCUUUGAAUCUAUUGAAAAGCGAAUGACGUUUAUCCUACGUGAUGUUUUGAACUCGACAUUGUUAUCCAAGAUGUUGACAUACCUUUCAGAUGUCACUCCUCACGAAGGAGCAGAGACGUCUCCUGCUAAGAAGACCUUCGAGAAGAAUUCAAAAGAAUACUACGAUUGGCUUAAUAAGUAUCUUUCGAACGAGAAAGACAGACCAGAGCUGAAGCUUCUCGUUAAGAGAAAGAACUUUGAGCUUUCCAAGUUUGAUUAUUUGAACGCCCUCAAUCUUGCAUCGAACAAUCAAUAUUUCAAUCAGUUUUUGGAGAAUGUGCUAAAAUUUUCAAGUGUGAAUUUUAAGAACCAAAGGUUUGAUAUCAAGGAAUUUAAGAUGAAUCAAAGUCUCUUGAAUAAUGAUGCGAGCGUCUACUUAAACACCAUGUCAAGGUUUAACAGUGAAAAACUUCAGUAUCGUCAAAUGAUCGAAGCAUGUGCUAAUAAUGAAGAGCUUUCGGAGGUGGUGAAGAUGAAUCCGCUCAACCCAUCUAAAGAGAUGUUGGAGUCCGAAGGAGCUGUGCAUGGUAUCAUGUCUUCUGCUAAAGUGGAUCUUGUCUUCUCUUCCGCUCCAGGACAACGUUCCGUACCCACUUUGGGAUUCCACCAGAACACUACUCCUCUGAUUUUGAUUGAUGAUCAAAACUCAGAGAUUUCAGGAAUACUUUACGCACUUGGAGGUAAAGGUAAACCGGGAUGGCACAAGGAGUGGGUCGUUCUACGGGACGGUCAAUUGAAAGAAUAUUCGGAUUGGAGGAAAGGAAAGUCUCUCAUCAAUAAACCCAUCGACAUUGCAUUGGCUAGUGUUAAGCCUAUCACUUACGACAAGCGCCAGUUCUGCUUCGAAAUUAUGACGUCGAAGGGUCAGAAACACGUUUUCCAAGCCAUUAAUGACGAUGAUAGAGAUAAGUGGAUUCGGGCAUUGUACAAUGCUGGUCAGAUUACUCAGAAGCUUUUAGCGGAUGACAAGAAGAGAAAAUCCAGCAAGCCAAAUCUUCACCUUGAAAAGCCUUCGUAUCUCGGAGAUGAUAACGACGACGAGAAACAGGGGUCACCGGUUUCCAUCAUCUCAAAUUCACUCGCAUCAACAGAUCCAAAAGAAAUUGACUACCUACGGGCUGUGCAUUCCCUUCCCCAAAGCUUGAACAACUACUGCGCUGAUUGUAGCUCGACAAAGUCUGUGGAAUGGAUAUCUCUUACGUUUUUGGUUACGCUUUGUGUGAAAUGUUCCUCAUGUCAUCGCAGCUUGGGGUCGCAUGUCACCAAAGUGAAGUCUUUGAAACUCGACAAUUUUGAAAACGAGAACAGAGUGCUUCUUAACUACAUUAAUAAUUCUCGUGUUAAUUCAUACCUACUGGAUGAAAAGCGAAAAAUACAUCCAGAGGUUGAUAACGAUACACGGUUAUCGUUCAUCAAAGACAAAUAUGUCAACCGAUCAUUUGUCGACAGGUCGAUCAACUUUGACGAGCUUUUAGUUACAGCAGUUCGGAAGAUCGAUAUUGCCAAUGUGAUCAAGGCGCUUAAUUGUGGAGGCAACCCUAAUCUUCCAUUACAGAUGGGAUCCCUGAAUGCCAAUUUCCCACCCAUUACAAUUAAUAUAUUUGAGUAUUCCCUCCGAAAGUUGGUGGAAGUCGACGAGGAAGGCACUGUCCGUGAAUACUUUGUUAUUUCGGAACUUCUAUUACAUCAUGGCUGCAAUAUUGAUAAGAUCCACGAACUUAACGUUGCACUUAAUCACACAGACGAGGCCAAAGGGUACUGGAACGAAAAGAAACUUCGGUUAAAAUAG